GUUUUCUUUUUGUUGACAUGUCAAAAAUCUCUUCUCUUGUGCCAAGCAAUUUUCACCAUUUUCACUUAGAAAGUUCCAUAGCAAGUGAAUUCUUCUUUAUUUAUUAGUAUUUCGUAAAAUUGUCUACAGCUCCUAGUUUGAUGCUGUGUUAUCUCUGUCUGUCGAGUUUCUGUGCCUUCAUUUGAGUAUCCUUUUAUCAUGUUGGAACAGAACUUAUCACGACUCCUCAGUGGCCAAGCAAUCGAAGAAAAUGAAGAUUUGUGUGAUUUCACCCUGGCUGAUCAAAAUGAAGCUUUCGUUGCUAAAGGCAUCGUCCCCUCCACACCAUCUGAUUACACACCUGUCAUCAAUAAAACAGUAACAUACAUUGUGAUGGCUGUAAUAAUUAAUAAUGAAGGAGAUGUACUAAUGAUUCAAGAAGCAAAGAGCUCUUGUGCGGGUCAGUGGUAUCUUCCUGCUGGAAGAAUUGAUCCUGGAGAAAAUAUUGAGGAUGCUGUCAAACGUGAAGUGUUGGAAGAAACAGGCCUAGAAAUGGAACCAACCACCUUGUUAAUGGUGGAAUGUGCAAGUAAAGGUUGGUUUAGGUUUGUGAUGACUGGCUUAAUAGUUGGGGGUAGACUGAAGACCCCUGCUGAUGCUGAUGCUGAAUCACUUCAGGCUAAAUGGAUCAACGAUUUGGGUGAAGUGAAUUUAAGGGGCAAUGACAUCAAUCCUAUCAUAGAGCAUGCCAGAACCUAUUACAGUCAAAAACAGCUGGAAAAACCUUGGCAUGGACCCCUGCUACCAGCUGUCUCUGUGAGCCACAGAAAAUUAUUGUUAAGGCUUGUGAUCUGCAGUGUGCAAAAAAGCAGCAAUGAUGUGCAUGUUCUGCUGUCAGAAAAAACAGAGGCGCACUUUCCAUUUUGUGAAAUCAAUCACAAUCGUAACCUGCACUCUGUUUUGCGAAAAUUUAUGAUGGAAAUUUUUGGUGCUGACUUACCUCCUCACAAACCUCAUGGAAUUCUGAAUGUCGAACACUGUAGCCAACCCGGAGACUCAACUGAUGGGUUUUGCAUCACUGUUCUUGUCUCAUUUAAAGUCCCAGUGGAAGGGAUCUUUCCAAUUGACAAAUACUCUUGGGUGGUGGUUGGCAAAGAAAUCGGUAAAGCAUUGCUGGAGAGAAUACCAAAAAAUAUGACUGUACCUCUACAUGUUAUCCGGUAAUUCUAUGUUACCUUCCUCUUGGCCAUGUUAAACUCAAUAUCUUAAGUAGCUUUUAGGAAUUAACUUUCUUAAUUCUUUUUUCCCUUUAAAGUUAGGCCAGUUUUCAGUAUUAUUGUUAAAACUUCUGAACGUCUAUGAAAUACAUAUGUCAGAGGAAAAUAAUUGUGACGACUUAAAUGAGCUCUUUCCAUUAACUUUGCUAAUUUUGGUAAUGAUUUUGGCACUGAACUAAGUCAAAGGAGUAAAUCUUUGCGUAUAUCAGACUUUAUAACCUUUACUAUUUUAUUGAAUUCCUGUGUCAAGAAAAGUUAAAAGUAUCCAUCAGUAUUAAUGUAAAAAUACAGACCAAAAUGCUGAGAUGAGAGACUAAAAAUUUUACUUUACUUGCUGUAACGAUUGAUGAAUCUUUUAUUUAUCGAUCGAAUUUACUUCUCUGUUUUGAAGAGAUUGCGGAAAAUUUCUAUUUUUCAGUAUUAAGUAAAAUUUUUCGAUAAUACUGAAAGUAAAUAUAUUCAUCAUUUCGUAAUAGCCAAUUUUGUUUUCGAAAAUGAGCCAGCUCCCUCAUCUACUUACAUCUCGGCCCUUGAAUAAAUAGAUGAUGAUCAUUAUUUUGCGCUAAAACAGAAUGGAAUAGGUAUCUAGACAAAUUGAUGUACUAAGGAACGUUCCCUGUUUUACAGCAGUCUGUUCAGUGCACAGUGCAGCACUUUGUGAUUUUAGUUAGGUGUCAGAAGUUUUACAUGUUGAUUUAAGUAUACAAGUGAUGUUUACAUAUUUUCUAUUUAUUUAUUAGUUAAAUUGUUUAUCUUUUGUUACUUUUUACUGCAAUAGCUCUUCAGGAUUGAUCUGAAGGUAAUAUGUAAUGUUGAGGAGCAAGUAGUACUUACCAAGACUGCAGUUUAUAAUGUAUGCUCCACCAUAUUUAUGUUUGCAAAGCUUUAGCAACUACUUAAUUUAUUAUUUUUAUGGCAAUUUUUUUUAAAAAUAUAUUUUUGUACUGAUUU